AUGACGGGCUACGCCCGCGGCGAGACCGACUUCGGCGCCGCCGACCGCUACCGGCGGGACGCGCGGCCCGCCUCGCUCGCCCCCAAGGAUUACUCGGUGCCUUUACACGUAGACUGCAGUAUCGAAUACGAGCUUCCCGACUGUGCCAAGCCGCCGCAGGGCGUGAAGAUCGAGCCGCUGCUCAUGAUCCACCCGUCGCACUUCCGGAGGCUCGAGAGCCUGCGGCGCGUGCCCUUCGUGAACAACCUGCCGCGCGAGGUGGGCGCGCCGUGCGAGCGGCGGCGGCGCCGCUGCUGCCGCCCGCCGCCGCCGCCCGAGCCCGAGCUGGCCAAGCUGGCGGCGCGCGCCCGCCUCAAGCACGCGCCGCACCCCUACCUGCCGCCCGAGGCGCUCGACUGUGAUAUAGCGCGCGCCCUGCCGCCCGCCGCCGCGCACUACGACCGCUUCGACAAGCGCGCCCUGCAGCAGCUGCCCAUCUACAUG